AUGCAAUUAGAUGAUGUUGUAUCAAGUACACUAACUGGUCCGAGAGUUGAAGAAGCUAUGUGGAGAUCAUUACGAUGGCUUGAUCGAUGUAUAGCAGCACAUUCACGUCCAGAUGAACAAAGUCUUUUUCCAAUUAUUCAAGGUGGUCUUGAUGAAAAAUUACGAGAACAAAGUGCUAAAGAAAUAAUCAAACGUAAUUGUCCUGGUUAUGCAGUUGGCGGAUUAAGUGGUGGUGAAGAUAAAGAUCAUUUCUGGCGUAUGGUGACUCUUUCAACAGAAUAUUUACCAAAAAAUAAACCAAGAUAUUUAAUGGGUGUUGGAUUUGCAAUUGAUCUUGUUAUUUGUUCAGCACUUGGUUGUGAUAUGUUUGAUUGUGUAUUUCCAACUCGAACAGCUCGUUUUGGAUGUGCAUUAGUUGAUAGUGGACAAUUGAAUUUAAAUAAACAAAUUUAUGAAAAAGAUCAUCGUUUAAUUGAUGAAAAAUGUAUAUGUUCAACUUGUCAAUCUGGUUAUACACGAUCAUAUCUUAAUACAAUUGUUACAAAAGAAACAACUGCAUGUCAUUUACUUACAAUUCAUAAUGUUGCAUAUCAGAUGAGAUUAAUGUCUCGAAUUCGACAAGCAAUAAGUGAACAACGUUUUCCAGAAUUUAUCAAAGAAUUUGUUUCAAUUUAUUAUCAAGAUAAAGAUAUUCCAAUAUGGAUUACAAAUUCAUUAAAAUCAGUUAAUAUUGAAUUAUAA